UUGCCGUAGUUUCCUGUCGCCUAGCAACGAUCCAAACAUUCUGUUGUCAAUGGAAGCUAACAAGCUAACCCUUUAACAUCUUUGAUAAGUGAUUAAAAUAUAUUUUAAGGGAUGGAGCGGGAACUUAAUGACGAGGAACAGCAGGAUUUGUUCGCGUGGAUUGACAAAAUACCUCUGUCGAGGCCCAAAAGAAAUAUUUCAAGAGACUUCAGCGACGGAGGUAUGAUGGCUGCUGAGGUUGUAAAACAUUUCUUCCCAAAGCUUGUUGACCUGCACAACUACAUCCCUGCAAAUUCCACGCAGCAAAAGCUCAGUAACUGGAACCUCCUUAACAGGAAGGUGUUUUCUAAGCUUGACUUUCAUGUACCAGAGGAAACUCUCAAUAAGAUCAUUCUGAGCUCUUCUGGAGCUGUGGUGUCAGCUCUCAGCGCCCUCAGGGAGAAAAUCGACAACAAGCUGGAGAACCCAAAAAACAAUAUACCAAACCUGGACUACUAUGACACCAGGAACCUGCAGAAUGCCUGUGCAGAAAUUCAUCAGGCCCCCACUCAGCUGACAGAACUGAGGAAAGAUGAGAGGAACGUGGAGAAAAACAUGAAACUGCAACACGCAGUCAAGUUUUACCCCGACAUGGACCCGAAUUUACGGCUCCUCCUCCAGGAAAAAGAGCAGGCAGUCAUGUCUCUGCAGGAGACAGUGGAGAUCCUGCAGAUAAAAGUAAACAAGUUAGAACAUCUGGUGCACCUGAAGGACAUGCGAAUAGAAGAUCUGACGCGGCACCUGGAGACGUACAAAGCAAAAGCUAGAUCACUUAAAGAAAAGCCAAAGGAGCUCAGGCAGGGUGAAUUGCUGGGAAACUGCAGAAACACACAGGAGAUAAAAAUAUUUACUCAUAGAGGAGGAACCACACCCUCAACUCAGGCCCUUUGGUGAGGGAAACGUCCCGGAAGAUGUCAAGGUUAGAUAAAUCAUGGAUGUGAUGCAAAAGCAUCCCAGGAAAGCGAUGCUCAAGCAGGAAGCAGCAAAACCUGACCAUCACCUCACUUCCUGGAAUGGUUGGUGGUGGUGGUGGGAGGGGGUAUAUAAACAUAUAAACUUGCUGUGUUUUACGGGCUUUCACAAUGAAAUUAGCACAAGUUUGCAAAUAAAAACUUCAAACUUGAAAACAAA